AUGCCGCCUCGUUUGACGAUUCUUAGACUGAUAUCAUCUUUUGUGAUUACUCCAAGACUCAAUCCCAAACCUGAGUUAUGCGGCCGUGAUAUCGUUUCUCCAUCACCAUCAAUUAUCUUUUCAGCUCACUUUUCUGCAACCAAAAGAUACUAUGCUCGUAGCCAUGAGCCUACCUAUUAUGAAAUCCUCAAUGUCCCGGUAACCGCGACUGCAGCCGAAAUAAAAAAACAAUUCUACGCCCUCUCCCUAAAACACCACCCAGACCGCAACCGCAGCGACCCCAAAGCCACCGAACGCUUCGCGACAAUCUCAUCAGCCUAUCAUAUCCUAGGCGACAGCACAAAACGUGCUCGCUACGAUCUCGACCACGGCAUCGGCGGUACUACCCAUGGGACGCAUAGCAGUGGUGUAGCCGGGCAACACCCCAUGGGCAGUCACAGUAGUGCCGGUGCGACGUAUGCAGGAUCCAGGCCAGCGAGUGGAUUGAGUAAACGCCGGACUGCGUUUAGGGGUCCUCCGCCUAGUUUUUAUGCGCAUGGUGGAUAUGGAGGGAGAAAGCCUCAGAGUCCGGGGGGAAGUUAUACCGGUACUGCCGGAACGGGAAAACAACAUCAACAUAACAAUGAAGAUCCCACAUCGUUCAUAAAUAAUAAUCCCGUCUGGCAUUUUAAUGCUAGAGGACAUUACAAGACACAAACAGCCGAGGAUGCGCGACGGAAGCAAAGACGAUCGCAGCAGAUGCAACGUGAGCGCGAAAUAUUAGAGAGUGAAAAAGGGGGAAGUUUUGUUUUGAGGUUUGUUAUUGUUUCCGGGAUAUUGGUUGUUACGGCUGCUUUUGGGGCGUUAUUGGGGAGGGGUAGUAAUACUGCUACCGCAAGUAGUCCUGGUGGAAAGAGAUCGGGGAAGACGUCGCAGGGUAAGGGCUUAGGAUCGAGGGAGGAUGGUGAUUGA